UUGAGACGCAAGCUCAAUUUGAGCAAUACGGUCAUAAAAUUGCAAACAUUUCUGUUUAAGCGCUUAAUCGAAAUAAGUGGGUGAAGCAACGGAAAUGUCUUCCUUGAGUAAGGGUGAUGAUAUAGAGAGUGUUUACUUUGUUAUAUACCAGCUUAUCUCGGAUACUACAAUAUUAUUGUUGGAAGUAUGUGCCGACUACGUUGCAGUCGAGUUGGUGAUCUUGCUAUACAUCAGAAAUCAUUUUAAGUCUGGCUUCCAAUUAAUACGACAGGUAAGUAUCUUCAUUAUUGAGGCAAUGCUUAUCAUGAAGAUGAUGCUAAUGGUUUUCCUAAGAGACUUGCGCCUGAAUCAUGUAUUACAACUAUCACCGAACUGUUGUGAGAAACUGCGCGUCGCCCCAUGUACUGCUUUUGCAACAAAGUAUGAUGGACUCUUAGGGAAGAUAGAAUUGUCAAUUUCAGAAAUCACCACGCCAAUGUGGAUAAUUCAAACUCUUCAAUUGUCACCGAUGCUAGAGGAGACAACUAGGAUCGAACACAUUGUGGACUCAAAUGACAAAUCUGCAACAGGAUUACCGUCCGGAUCUAAGGUAGAGAAAGGUGGCUCUGAUUCUCUUCAUCAGCGAAUCGUAUCUGAUGGGAACACUCAUGAACCUUUUCUUCAAUCCCUGUAUUGGGGUAAUAGGAAGGAAAAGUCCGUACACGAGGGUAGUUCUUUACACUCAAUCGACCCAAAUGAAGCAAAAGGGAGUAAGCGAUCUAAGCUUAAGCGAAUGAUCGGUAAAUAACAGGAAGUGAAUACAUAACUAUGAAAUAAUCCUAAUAAGAACUCUUGUGUAUCCACCAUAUCAUCUGAACAUGAGCUACUUUUCGCUUUUGCUCUAGCGAUUUUGCCUGGCAUGGUUGAUCAAUAGAUCGAUCCGAGAACAGAAAGAAUCCAAAUCCCUUAUAUAGAGCAACGACACGUUAAUGUGUAGUCUACUUAGCAGUCGAUACAUGUUACUGAAUUCAAAUGUGGAUAAAAGUAAAAAUAGAUGUGAAUGAGCUACUAUAGUACACAAGGAAUGCAACGAUUAUAGGGAAUCAUAUUCGAGAAUAAGAAACUGGGAGAAGAUGUCUAUAUUU